AUGUUUCGUAAAGAUUUUAAAUCGAAAGGAAAUACUCAAGUAAAAUCAUCAGAUCGAAAAAAGCUUCGACAACAAUUUCAGCAAACUUUCCCGUCAAUUCCUGAUGAUAUUCUUUCACUGAUUAUUCCGUUGGGCAAAGGUGAAGAUUUUACAUCGUGUAAACUACUAUUGAGCACUGGCGAUGACAUUUUUGUCUAUUCGACAAAUAAGACACCUUGGUUCUUUGUAGUCGAAGACAUUGAAAAUAAAAAAGAACGCAUUCUUCCUACUGUUUACCUCCUAUGGAAAUAUCCGGAUUUGUUAUCAUUAAAAUUCCAUACACACAAACAUGUUUUUAGUAAAUUAAUGAACGGUGCUGAUCUUAUGUUGCCCGGAUUGAUUUUACCACCUGGUGGUAUAACAUUAUACACAUUUCGACACAUUAAACGAGAUGAUCUAUGUGCGAUUUGUUUGGACGAUAAUCGAUAUCCGAUCGGUAUUGGCCAAACAACAAUGGAUGGAGAAGACAUGUACAUGAGUGGUAUGAAAGGACGUGGUAUUGCGCUGAUACAUCUCUAUCAAGAUGCUCUAUGGAACUUUGGACCACGUAGUGAGGUGCCUUAUGAAAAGGAAUCGAGAAUCCUGUUCGUAACUGAUCAAGAAGCAGUGGAGACGAUUACAGACGAACAAACAGCAGCAGCUGCUGCUACUACUACAACCAUUGCUGAAGCAUCUGCUGACAUUGGUGCUUUGAAUAUAAACGACGAAGCCACAACAGCAUCAAUACCCGAAGAAUGUUGUGAUCAUCCGGAAUCUAUGGAUGAAAUCCUUGAUGCCAUUUUCUUUUACUUAUGUCAACGUAAGGCGAAAUCCUACGAAUUACCUCUCUUAGCCUCACAUUUCUACACUGUCAUGCAAGAUUGUGUUCCCGGCUUAACACUUGAUUUAAAAUUAAGCUCGCACAAGAAGUUCGGCAAGUUUCUUCAACAUCAACAACAGAUUCAUAAUCUAAUAUCGCUCGAAGAAACUAAACCCGGUGUACUUGCAAUCAUAUCAUUUAAUCUAACUAAAAAUGAACAAUUAGAUCAUUUUCGUACACCUGCAUGGCUAAAAGCAUAUCUAGCGAAAGCCUCCAAUGCUACUGCAGCAGCAACGGAAGCCGAACAUCCGAUUGUUAAAUAUACAUUUCCAACAGUCACUGAGUUAUGGAAAAGCAAUUCUCGUGUUAAUGAAUUGUUAGGCUGUUCGACAUCAACACAUUAUCUUCGAUCUGAUGAGAUUCGUCAAGCUGCUCGAUCAUACGUCAUACGAAAUAGUCUAAAUGAAGACAAACAAGUCAAAUUAGAUGCUGUUCUUGCUCGAAUUUUCAAAAAACUCGAUCCGUCAACUAAACUAAUCGGAUGGAAUGAAUUGAAUACAGCUGUUUUCGACGCCAUGACACCUUGUACGGAAUUAUUAUUCAGUCAUCUCGAACAGCCGAUACGUAUGAAUGGCCAUAUUCAACCGAUUGAACUCGAAUGUAUCGAUCGAAAUCGUAAACGGCAAACUUUUAUUCGUCAUUUGGAUGUUUAUCAAAUAGAUUUGAAUGAGUUAUGCAAACGAAUUAGACAAGGUGCAUCUGUUAGUGCUGUGAUCAACGAAGCAGAUGAAAGUAAACGCACGGGCCGUGUGGUGAUGGCACAAGGCAAUCAAAUCUCCUUUGUAACUCGUUUAUUAAAAGAUGAUUUCGGUAUACCGAGUAAAUAUAUCAAAGAAAUCUGA